CUUUCUUUAAACAAAACUUUUACCGCAUUUAAUACUCGUCAACUACACACACACACACUAUACAUUUAUUCAGCUUGUGUUGUGUAUAUAUAUUGUGUUAUUCCUCAACUUGGUUGUUGUAUUCAAUUUCUCAUUCCUCCUUAAGUUUUCUCUACACAAGAAGAUAGAGAUAAAGACUUGACCUUUUUCAAGUCUUCCUUGGUGUUAAUACUCUGCAAAUUCUUGAGGGUAGUUUGGAGGAAGAGAUCGUGUUUAAUAUUGUUGUUUAAUCAGAGAAAGAUGGGUCUUUCUCUUUCUUUGCUCUUGUCUGCUUGGAAAGAAGUUGUGACGACCCAGUUCUUCAGUUUCAAGAACCCUGUCGAGAGUUUUCUUGAAACCAGAUCUUUCAGCUUAAAACUUAAAGAAGGAGGCUUGACUUCAAGAACCAACAGUUUCAAGAGUGAGAACCCGCAGGAAAAGUCUCCGAAGACGGGUAUGGAGCGGUCUUUGAGCUUCAACAGCUGGGAGAUUGUGACAGAAGUUGAGACUGAACCGAUGAACAAGGAAGAUGAGGAGAUUGUUGAACCGACGAAGCCUGCUCGUAACAGUUUGAAUGGAAGGAACUGUGAGAGAAUCCAAAUAACGAAGCCUACUAUUACUCCACCUACGCCUUUUGUGUUCUUCUCUCCAAGACCGGUCACCGAGCUUGAUGCAGCUGCAACUACGUUACAGAAGGUGUACAAGAGUUACAGAACAAGAAGGAACUUAGCGGAUUGCGCGGUUGUUGUUGAGGAGCUCUGGUGGAAGACUCUGGAUGCUGCAGCUUUAAAUUUGAGCUCAGUCGCCUUCUUUGAAGAAGAGAAACAUGAAACCGCGGUUUCGAAGUGGGCACGAGCUAGGACACGAGCUGCUAAGGUUGGAAAAGGAUUGUCAAAAGAUGAAAAAGCUCAAAAGUUAGCUCUUCAGCAUUGGCUUGAAGCUAUUGACCCACGCCAUCGUUAUGGCCACAACUUGCACUUCUAUUAUGAUGUCUGGUCAGCAAGCAUGAGCGCACAACCAUUCUUCUACUGGUUGGACAUUGGCGAUGGAAAAGAUGUGAAUCUUGAACACCACCCAAGAAGUGUUCUGCAAAAACAGUGCAUUAAAUAUCUAGGACCACUGGAGAGAGAAGCAUACGAAGUGAUAGUAGAAGAUGGAAAGCUAAUGAAUAAACAAAGCAUGACUCUGAUCAAUUCAACAGAGGAUUCCAAGUCAAUUUUUGUACUUAGCACAACUAGAACCUUAUACGUAGGGCAGAAGAAGAAAGGUCGUUUCCAACAUUCGAGUUUCUUGUCUGGAGGUGCCACAACUGCUGCAGGAAGAUUGGUUGCUCGCGAGGGGAUCCUCGAGGCUAUAUGGCCAUACAGUGGACACUACCUCCCAACAGAAGACAACUUCAAUGAAUUCAUAAGUUUCCUGGAAGAGAACAAUGUUGAUAUGACCAAUGUUAAGGUAAGGAAUAUAAUUUUUGGUUGCAUACAUGCGAAAUAUGAAAAAUGGUAUGUACUCACUUAUUUAAUCUGAAUACAGAGAUGCUCUGUGAAUGAGGAAUAUUCGUCAUUCAAUUCCAGUGGCUACGAAGAAGAAGCAACAAAAGAAGAAGAAGCAGAGAAGAAACCAGCAGAAACCAUCGUUACAGAGGAACAAGAAGAAGAGAAAGAGAGAGAAAGACCGGUGUUCCAGCUUGCAAAGAGGCUGUCUUGCAAAUGGAACAGUGGAGUUGGUCCAAGAAUUGGGUGUGUUAGAGAUUAUCCAAUGGAACUUCAGUCACAAGCGUUCGAACAAGUCAGUUUGUCUCCUCGGAUUUCGCCUGGUUCUACACGUUUUCCGUCACCAUACGGCCCAAUUCCUUCUCCAAGGCCUAGUCCUAGAGUAAGAGUCUCUCCACGCUUAGCAUACAUGGGAAUCCCAAGCCCUAGAGUUCAAGUAAACUGUUAGGCCUUGUCAACUUAACUCACCAAGAAGUGAAUGUUAUGACCCUUUAAGCUAGUGAGGUAUGAGAAAAGGCUUCAUCAAUCUCUUCUCAUCAUCCUUUGUUCUUUAAUUCAUGUUUUUUUUUCUAAGUCCCUUUUGGUCUUUUUGUUCCUCUUUUUUUGGCUGCAUCGUAACUUCUGGUUUAGGUGAAAUGCCCAAGGCUGUAAAUUUAUUAGGUGAACUGUAAACAACAACUUUUUGAAUUAAAUAAAAUUUUGUUAAAAAUAUUGAAUGAUUUUCUAUCUGAAAAGUUCAUCAUUUUAUCUUGCCUAAAAUGUUAGAAA